AUGACAUCGAUCUACUCUGACGAUUCUUACCCUCCUUCCGAUGACGACCAAUUGAACGAUGAUGAUGGCCAAUGGUUCAAUGGGUACAGUGACGACUACGUCAACAGCGAUUUUGACAGCGUGUCCUCUGACGAGGAUGGGACCGAUGACAUGGCCGGCCCAGGAAGCGCCGACGCCUCAUUCUCUGCUGCCGGCUCGGACGUCAACACGCUUAGCGGCAGCUUUGGACGAAUGAACGUUGCUCCAAUGCCCACAGUCAGUCGGGCAUCUCCUGCGCAACAGAACCCCGGUAGAGGAAUGUCGAUGUGUCCGGUCUGCGAUGUUCGUCCCACCUACAGCCACAAUGGGAAGAGCUAUCCUACUUGUGGGCUCACUUGUGCUACCAAGUAUAAUACAUUGAAUGGGGCUAGAAGCGGUACCUCCGGCGGAGUAGGAGCCACCUCUAGCACCAUCAGCACCCUCUGCACGGUCGGUCCAUUGAUUAUCCAUAUGGGAUACCAUUUAAUUGACGGCCUCGUCCAUAUGAAGAUUUGCAAAAAACGCUCAUGUUUCCGCCGUGGCUCCGUCGACUACCUCACAUGCGGCAUGACAUGCCUCAAAAUCCUCUGUAACGGAGGUGGCGAUAACACAAAGUGCAAUUAUUGCCACCGCCGCCCAAAGUUCGGCCCGUACAACCAGUGCGGGUUGACGUGCCGCGACAAAUCACGCAUUGCGUGUCUUCAUUGUCGCUGCCGCCCGAAGCUGGGCAAGUAUCACUUCUGUGGGCGGACGUGUAAAGAGCUCGCGAUGGAGACGGCGCCCAAGAUUGUGGAGAUCCCGAAAGGGCACGUCACCUGGAGAAUGGUGGAGACGAAGUUCAACAUGUCGUGGAAGCAGGGCACGCGCCCGGCGAUCAAGCACGUAUACAAAAUUAUCGAGAGUACAGGGUUCCUCCAGCCUUACGAUGCCUACCGGAAACGAAUCGGCAAUGAGACGUUCCGUUACCAUGGUACGACGCGUCAAUGCACACUGGGCAAUGCAGGGCAGACGACGCUGUGCAGCCAGACAAACUGCGCGGUAUGCAACAUAAUGAAGACCUCGUUCAAAGUCAGCCUGGCGAAUCCGAAUGGCGCCUUUGGAGCCGGUGUAUACUCGUCGUCCGCGUCGAAUAAGGCAAUGAGCUACUCAAACGGCGUCAUGCUCCUGACGAAGGUCGUCCUCGGAUGCAUAUACAGCGUCUCGUACUUCAACGAGGUUACGUCUCUUCCCGCAGGGUACAACUCCGUCGUCUUUGACAGAAUGAACGGGGCGCUGAACGAGACGAUCGUCUACAGCGACGAUGCGAUCCGACCGGUGUUUUUAAUUGUGUUUUGA